UGAACUGUGAGUAAUUAAUAAUAAUUUUAAUUUAAUUAUGUUAUAAGUUUUAUAAAUAUCGCGAGCCUUUCACUUGUAAUUUUAUGUAAGCUUCAUUUAGAAAGUACAUUAGGAAAAUUUAUCCAGGACCACGGUUUUAUUAACUAUGGACUGGAGGACGGUUUUAAUGACGCUGUCGGUGCUGUACCACGUUGAUGGCUUCUCAAAAUAUGGUCGUACAUGCAAGGACAUCGGAUGUCUGAACAGCGAGGUUUGCGUGUUAGCAGAAGAUCCCUGUUCAUAUGGGCACAGCUCCAACUGUGGCACAUAUCCUACAUGCAAGAAGAAGUCCCAAGUGGAAGGUUCUCAUUCAGAACCAGCAAAACCAGUUAUGCCCAGACCGACUCCACAGUCGCCUACUAGAGAUUUUGAUUCACCACCGCACUAUCCGGCUCCUGCACCGCCUUCAAACAACGGUGGAAACUCACAUUACGGUGGAAGUUCACCAUAUGGCGGGAACAACCCUUCUCCCUAUGGCGGGAGCAACCCUAGCUCUCCAUAUGGUGGGAGCAACCCUAGCUCUCCAUAUGGUGGCAGCUCUCCUUAUGGAGGGAACUCUCCUUAUGGUGGAAGCUCUCCAUACGGAGGAAAUUCUCCUUCUGGCGGCAAUUCCCCAUACGGUGGUAACAACUCUCCCAAUGGUGGAAACAGAGGAGGCAGUCCAUAUGGAGGAUCCAAUCCUAGCUCCGGCUUUGGUUCUGGCGGAAAGAGCCCUCUAGAUAGCAUUUACAACACAAUAAACAGCUUCGCGAACGGCCAAGGAGGUGCAGGUGGUCAAGGCUUAUCAAACAUCUUUGGCAAUAUUCUGGGUAAUUUGUCCAAGAGUGGAGGGUUAAACGGCCUCUUCAACACUCGACCGUUGAUGGAGAAUCCAAAUUACUCAUCGUACAGCUCAAACUCGCGCUCUAACCCUCAACCUUAUCCAUCAGGAAACCCAGCUUAUCAGACGCCGAACCAAAAUAAGCAAUAUGGCCAAAACACUCGCCAUAACGCAGCUACGACGAACAAACCAGUGUCCUAUGGGUGGAACAUUGGUGCUAUUAUGAUGACAUACCUGUUACACCAAUACAUCAACAAUGUGAUAUAUUGAUAUUUAAGACCAUUUUAGAAUUGGAAAUACACUAAUCAUAUGUUUUUCUAAUAAAUAUAUAUUUUUUUGUUAA